AUGGGGCACACCUCAAAAAGAAGAUUAGGCUUGGAAGUGAAAGACAUAAGGCUUGCCACUGGGCCAAACUUAUUGGUGAUGACACAUUCUUAUCCCUCUCAUGAAGCAGUGAUGGUCGACGACCCCAAGGUGCCAGGAGGAAAGAAACUCAAGUUCUUCAGUCCCUUGGCGAAAUUGAUCGAUGUCAUAGCUGACGCAACAAAUUUUACACUGUUGGAUAUCAAACAUAUUGGCCAUGUUGACCUGCAGAGGUCUUCAUCUGCAGGUCGGUGUGACUACUACUUGGCGAGGGAGGAGUUCCUGCCGCUGAUGUACUCCAUAUGCUUCUCCAGGGGCCACCCCCUCGUGCCUGUCUUCAGCAAGAGAAUCAUGAGGUUAACUGAAUCCGGGCUCUACAGCCAGUGGAAUGAAGAAUUAUUACAAAAUUAUUCCUUCUGUACUAAUCUUCCGACAAAGGUUGCCAUCCAGACUUCACUUUCCAUCGUUAACACCAUGGGCAUGCUGCUUGUGCUGGUGUGUGGCCUGGUUCUGAGUCUGCUUGUCCUGGGCAUGGAGCUCCUUUAUAAUCAUUGUGCUCCAAUGUAGUCAUUCAGCUACUAUGUAAUCAUUCAGCUCCUGCAUUGUCAUAGAUGUCCUGUAUAUUUCUGCUGCUCCUGUGUUAUAAUGAAGCUUCUUUAUCAACACAGUUCGUACAUAAUAACGGAACUCCUGUAUAGCACAGAGUUCCUGAAUUAUCUAGUGCUCCUGAAUUAUCUUUGUGCUCCCAAAUAUUC